CCCACCUUGCCGCUACGAUGCUCUUUCCAUCACCCCACUCGCCCAGAUCUCCGCUCAUCAAAUGCUCAAGGUGUUGUCCUACACACCCGACGAAGGUACCACCGGAACCACCUUAUCCGUCAUCUUCGAGUAUACCAUCAACCGCGACGACGCUAUACAUAUCCGCCUCGUCCUCCAGAACACCGCUGUCCAGACGAGCGUUCUCGAGAUCAAGGAGCUUGGGAGGUGGAAAGCCGAGUGCAAGAUCCCCGCUCUCCGCUUGAGCAAUGGUCAACAGGUCCCUAUCACGCUGCAGGCGCUCACCGCCGACGAGAUUAUUCUAGACUCUGUGCACUUCGGCCAGCUAUCCUACUAUGAGACGGAUGUUGACUUGCGUCGGCGCCACAGCAGACGUAUCCAAGGGGGCCGCGAACGUCCAUCUUGCUACCGCCGCUCGUCAUCUGGCAGCACUGGCGGAUCUCUUUUCACCGCACCGUCCUUGAGUCUUCUGGGCCAUUCCAAGGCUCCGCCCUUGAGGCGUAUGAAGCAGGACACAGACCAGUGCGAGAGGACCGAUAACGUCGCUCUCCAGUUCAUCACUCCCCUUUCCGACUUGUCGAGUAACAUCACGCAAGCGGAGCACCUUGCUGGCAGACGCCUCGUGCGCUUCCACAAGCAAUACGACAGGAAUAGGAUCGUGGUCUUUGCGGAGGCGAUCCGUCAGGAGCAGUAUGAUGAGCAGGACAUCGUGGUAUCCUGCAUCAUCCGUCCAGACACUCGAGACUGCGUCAUCACUUCGGUGGAUAUUAUACACCUUCUCCAACGUCUAGUCGACGACACCUUUGAGGUGGACGAGAAGAACCGUAUCCGCCGCAACCUGGAGGGUCUCAACCCGCUCACGGUGACCAAGACGAAGCCCAGCCUUCAAACAUUCUUCCAGCGCAUCAUGGAUUUCAACGAUCCGAGACCGCGCAAGAUAGAGAAGGAUCUCAAGGUCUUCGAUUGGAAGAAGUUGGAGGCGGGGCUGGCCAAGAUUAUGGCUAAAUAUUCGUUUGAUCGUCACACCAACCUCAUGGGCCUGGAGAGACGGCAUGCGCACGACGAAUCCCCAUCGCCCAGCUCAGGCUCCAGCACGGAGGUCACCCCUCCUUUCCCCCAGAGCACGCUGCCUUCCGGCCACUGUUCAGUUCAUCCGGAGCUGUCGCUCUCUACCCUCUCUCUCUCGCCGUCCGCAACCGAGAACUCGCCUUACUCUCCCCAUAGCGAAUUCGGCUCGGAUUACGUCGGCUCCGAACUCCUCCAAGCCGAGACGGGCUACUAUGUCCCGAAUCCGGCAGCUCCCUCGGUAUACAGCAUGUCGUACGAGUCAAACCCGGUGACCGGAGGCUCGGGCUCGAUUGACUCACCUUUGCCCGAGGAUUGGUGCUCGAGUAUCAUCAGUCUGCCUGAUCAUUCCUAUGGCUCGGGGCCAGCGUACGACUACCACCACCACUCGGACUCGCAGACCUCCCUCGACGCCUACAGCGCCGCCUACCCCCUGAGCACCUACGACUCUUUCGAACUCAGUCCUGGACUUGUCGAAGUCGCCUGAGCCACCGUUCCUCCUCCGAUUACCCCUUCGUUCAGUUUUCAUCAUUUCAUUGGCCAUCCCGCGCGCAUUGUGUAUCUAUCUCAGUCUUCCCAAUUUUCUCCGUUGCAUCUGUAUGUACCCGACGAACACUCGUAUGUAGGACCACCCCUCGCCGUCAGCGCUGCCCUUA